AUGACCCAACCCCAGGUGGACGAGGAGAAAGGGAACCAACCCGCUCCGGUUGUCAAGUCCAUAUCGUCCGAGCCCAGCUCGCAGUCCUCGUCGCCGAAGAACGCGUUUGGCCGCUUCAAUGACCGCCUCAACUCGCUCGAGUUCUUCGAGUCUCGCGGCAUUGAGCGCGUCCCGCUGGAGGAGCGCCAUGGCGAUUCGACCGCCGAUUACAUGCAAAUGGGCCUGCUGUGGUUCAGCACCAAUAUCACGGCGAACAAUAUGGCCUUGGGCAUGUUGGGCCCGUUGAGCUACGGGCUGGGCUUUGUCGACGCUGCCCUGUGCGCUACCUUUGGCGCUUUGCUUGGAGCCGCAGGCGUUGCCUACAUGGGCACGUUUGGGCCAGCUAGCGGCAACAGGACAAUGGUUGUGGCUCGGUACUUCAUGGGAUACUAUCCCAGUAAGAUUGCUUGCCUGCUCAAUAUCAUCAUCAUGCUGGGAUACGGCAUGGUCGACUGCGUGGUGGGUGGGCAGGUCUUGUCCGCCGUCGCAGGCGGUCGGAUGAGCGUCGUCGUAGGGAUCAUUAUUGUUGCCAUCAUCACCUGGUUGGUUGUUUUGUUCGGUAUGCGGUUGUUCCACAUCUACGAGAGGUGGGCCUGGAUUCCCCAGCUCAUCGCUGCGUUUGUCCUUGUCGGUAGCGCAGGUCCCAAAUUCGACACUUCUAUUGUCUCGACUGGCUCGGCCCAAACGGUAGCCGGUAAUCGAUUGUCGUUCUUCUCCCUCUGUUUGUCUGCCUCUGUGGCGUGGGCUCCGGCCGGUGCCGACUUUUUCGUCUACUUCCCACCCACUACGAAGAAAUGGAAGACCUUUCUGAUGACCUUCUUGGGUGUUGGACUGGCUUUGAGCUUUGCCAACCUUCUGGGUGUCGGCCUUGCUUCGGGCGUGGACACUCACCCCAACUGGAAUACUGCCUACAAUACAUCGUCCGGCGCGUUGAUUCUCGCUGGCUACGAUGGCCUUGGUGGGUUCGGCAAGUUUCUAGGCGUCCUCGUUGCCCUCGGCCUUAUUGCCAACAAUAUCCCCGGAACGUACUCUGCCUCCUCUCGGAUUCCAGAUCAUGGGCCGUCAUUUGGCCCGUCUUCCGCGUUGGUUCUAUUCAACUGGCUCGCCUUGAUGGGCUACUGGGUCACCAUUUACCUCACAAUCGCCCUGGAGGAGCACUUGUUCUUCCGUCGCACCAGAGGGUUCAACUGGGAAGCUUGGGCAGAUCCGGCGAAGCUGCCACUCGGAAUCGCUGCAUUUGUAGCCUUUGUGAUUGGUUGGGUCGGAGCGGUUGUCUCAAUGAACCAGAUUUGGUUUGUUGGCCCUAUUGCCAAGAUGGUUGGCGCAGAUGGCUCAGAUCUGGGGAUCUGGGUGGGUGUUUCGUGGGCGAUGUUGGUAUUUCCGCCUCUAAGAUGGGUUGAGCUAAAGAAAUUUCACCGUUGA